CAGCACCAGACCCUGACCAGCUGGGAUCUCAACCCUGCCAAAGAGCCACAAGAAGAAGAGCCACUGUGUGUGAAAAGCUCCUCACCUCUCUUCUCUGGCUCUUCAUUAGGUGAAGCACUCAGACACUGACUCCAGCUACAGCUGCCAACCCUCUCCGCUGGUGCUGAGAAGAUCCUCUGUGUGAGCAUGGCUGUGGCACCCUGGGCACUGGCACUUCCCCUGCCCCUGGUGCUCGCCCUGCUCAGCCUGGCACCGGCGCCCGCCUUAGGAGGCUGCCCGUCCGCUUGCCGGUGCUCUUUCGCCAUGCUGCAGUGCCUGGACCCCAAUGGUAUCGCCAGCAUCCCGGCACUGGUGUUGCAAGAGAGUGAGAAUGUGACGGAGAUUUACAUUGAAAACCAGGCAGCGCUGGAGAAUAUAACAGAAAUUGAUCUUCUUAACUACAGAGAGCUAAAGAACCUCACAGUCACAUCAUGUAAACUGAGGGUGAUCUCUGCCAAUGCCUUCCAAAACAACCUCAAGCUCCAGUAUGUGAACCUGGCAUCAAACUCUCUGGAGCACAUCUCCUGGAGGGUGUUUCAUUUUCUACCACUGCUCAACCUGGUUUUGAGGGACAACCCUCUCGUUUGCUCAUGUGACCUCCACUGGCUCCAGCAGUGGCAGCGGAAUGAACGCGGUGACCUGGACAACCAAAUGUUGUCCUGUUUCUCUGAUGAUCAAGAAGUACCCCUCAGUUCUUUGGUGAUAGAUAACUGCAGUCUGCCUGAGGUGACUAUCAUCGCCUCCAAAGAUUCAAAGAUUCAAGAAGGAGGCAACCUGACAUUUACCUGUCAAGUGACAGGAAGUCCCACUCCCAGUGUGAGAUGGCGAACUGAUGAGCUCUACUCUCGCGUCUUUACCCAGAAGAGAAUCUGGGGCUCCACAUUAGAGCUGGUCCUUUUCCUCACCAAUGUUUCCUCCAGCGACAACCUGCACAACCUCACCUGCGAGGCUGAGAACCAAGCUGGGCCCGGGGAGGAGAUGGUGCAAUUGGACAUUGAGUUCCCAGUCAAAAUCCUCUUCCUGAGGGACGCCGUGCAGCAGCACCACUGGUGUUUCCCCUUUGCUGUGGAUGGAAACCCUGAACCGAACAUCACCUGGCAGUACAAUGGCAACGAACUCAUAGAGGGUGUCUACAGAUACACGCAGCUCAUCCCUGACUCGAGCGACGGAUCAGUGAAACAUGGAUGUCUCUUCCUCAACAAGCCCACCCACAUCGACAACGGCUACUACACUCUGAUCGCACAGAACAGACUGGGAAGGGACGAGGCCACAGCCACUGGGAAGUUUAUGGACAAUCCCUUCGACCCGCUCGAUCCUGAGGGGAUAAUUCCAGUUCCUGAUCCCAAUCCAAUUCCUACAAACAAAUCCGACAUGGACGUCACAGAGAACCCAGAGAGUCCAGUGUUUGUGGUGUCUGUGGCUGUGGGUCUUGCUGUGUUUGCCUGCACUUUUCUCCUCAUCAUGGUUUUGGUUAUUAACAAGUGUGGCCAGCAUUCCAAGUUUGGGAUUCACCGCUCAUCAGUUUUGGGCACGGAGGAUGACCUCGCUGUGUCGCUUCGUUUCAUGAACUUUGGGACCAGCCCGCCUUCCUCAGAUGAAGACUCUGGUUUAUCCAGCUUUGUAGAGAAUCCACAGUACUUCUGCGGCAUCAUCAAGGAGAAAGACAUGUGUGUCCAGCACAUUAAACGGCAGGACAUUGUGUUAAAGUGGGAGCUGGGUGAAGGAGCGUUUGGCAAGGUUUACCUGGCAGAGUGUGCCAACCUGAGCCCUGACAGCGACAAGAUGCUGGUCGCAAUCAAGACUCUAAAGGACGCCAACGAGUCGACCCGGCAGGACUUCCAGAGGGAGGCGGAGCUGCUGACGGUGCUUCAACACCAGCACAUUGUGCGAUUCUACGGCGUCUGUACAGACGGAGAGCCGCUGGCCAUGGUGUUUGAAUACAUGAGGCACGGAGACCUCAACCGAUUUCUCAGAGCUCACGGCCCCGACGCUCGUAUCCUGGAGGAGUCGAAGAUGCCCCCGCUGGGUCAGCUCACUCUGCCUCAGAUGCUGCACAUCGCCGCCCAGAUCGCCUCGGGCAUGGUCUACCUGGCAUCGCUGCACUUCGUCCACCGCGACCUGGCGACCCGCAACUGUCUGGUGGGGGAAGGCCUGGUGGUCAAAAUCGGAGACUUCGGCAUGUCCCGAGACAUCUACAGCACAGAUUACUAUCGGGUGGGCGGACGUACAAUGCUGCCGAUCCGCUGGAUGCCUCCGGAGAGCAUCAUGUACAGGAAGUUCACCACAGAGAGUGACAUCUGGAGCUUUGGCGUGGUCCUCUGGGAGAUCUUCACCUACGGCAAACAGCCCUGGUACCAGCUGUCCAACAGUGAGGCCAUUGAAUGCAUCACGCAGGGACGAGAACUGGAAAGGCCACGCACCUGCCCCAAAGAGGUGUAUCUGCUGAUGCAGGGCUGCUGGCAGAGAGAGCCCCAGCAGAGGAUGGUCAUCAAGGACAUCCACAGCCGCCUGCUGGCCCUGGUCAAGAACCCGCCGGUUUACCUGGACAUCCUGGGCUAAAGGGGCCGAGAACCAACCAGGGAGUGGAGGACAGAGGCUGGGGAGGUUGAGACCUAAAACAUUUAAUUCCAUUAUUCUAAUCAGGGGUAAUUACUUUACACAGGUUCCUCUUGGUUUAAGUUGAAAAAUAUGUCCCAGUUCUCCCAGCUGCUGCUGCUUUCCCAGCCUCGACGCUUUGAUGGACAAACUGUCUGCAGUGACCUUCCCGCUUUGCCUCAUCCCGGCUCGAACCCGUCCCCUGUUUACUGCCCCGUCACUCUCUGGAAACCUGUCAAAUGUUUACCAAAGUGUUAAAUGUUUAUCUGAAGUGGGAUCAGACAGAUGGAGGGACAUGCAUGGAUAAGUGUUGAAGUAACUGUAUAUGGGCUUUACGUUGUUGAGGGUGCGAUCUCAGAUGAUGGUUUGUCGGGGGAUUUUGGCUCUGAAGUCCCUGCGAAGGUUUGAGAGCUGAGCUGUGGUGCAUUUAAUACGACUCGACAGCUGAUACUUGUGUUGAAAGGCAAUUAGAAAAUGAAAUGAAUGAUUACAAAGGAGGGCACUUCACAUCAUGAGUCAAAAGUGGAAACCAAUUUUUCUGAUUUGGGUGAAGCAGUCAGUCACUUGUACAGUAUAGUCACUGAUUUUGGAUAAGUUUUGAUAUGGGAGGUUAUUCAAAGGCUUUCAGUAAAUGUAUAUAAGAUGUCAAAGUUGUACAAUCGAAACCUUGGAAAGCUUGUUUGUUUCUGACGUGUCAAAUCCAGUGUAUCAUAUGAGUAUUUUUCAAAAUCAUGAACAAAAUGUCAUAUAAGUGUGUGUUUACAUUUAAUGCUGUCGGUUUUGCUGUCAAAUAUGAACAAAAAAAUACUUCCAAAGAACUACAGUUUGACCUGUGGCCUGCCUGCGACACACUCAGGAGUGGCUUUUGUACAAAUUAGCGAUGUUUAACAUGCUAACGUAACCACCUACAGUAUCAAAGCACUGCAGUGAAAUUCGGUAAGGGGGCAAGAUGGUGGGGAGGGGACACACGGAGAUGGUUUUAGAGGUAACAGAUGGAUUAAAGUGAGUCAAAGAGAAGGACAGAUGGCACUGAAACAGAAACUGGAGGUGAGUGGGGGAAAAAAGUUUAUUAUCAACCAAAUGGGGCAUUUAGAGGGGGAAAGACUGAGUGUACAAACCGCUGUGAUGCCUUUAAAGGGACAGUUCAUCCCAAAAUCAAAAGUACAUACAUUUCCUCUUACCUGUAGAUCUGUUUAUCAGUCUAGAUUGUUUUGGUGUGAGUUGCUGAGUGUUACUGGCCUUAGAGAUGUCUGCCUUCUCUGCAGUAUUACUGAUUGAUUUAUUUUGUGUCAUGCACAAAAACAUGCCAAACCCACAUGGGUUUACAAGACACCAAUGCUGCGUUAUCAAUCUACAAUACCAGUCCCCAAACAAAAUACUCUGACUUCUAUCCUAGCAAACAAGGUCCGCCACACAAAGGUUCCCCUUCAAAAAAAAACACUCAAAUUUUUCAUGAUUAUCCGACCAAAAGAAAUCGACAUAAAUGGAGGUAAUUUUCCUACAAAAGUAUGUCCCUUUUAUCUUCUAGAGUGGCAUUGAACCUGCCUGUCUCUAAGGGUGCUUUCACACCUGCCCUGUUUGGUUCGUUUCAAUCAAAUUCAAGUUUGCUUGCCCCCUACAUGCAGUUUGUUUGGGCAGGUGUGAACACAGCAAUCACACUCAGGUGCACGGCAAAAAUACCGGACUGAGACCUUCUUGAAGAGGUGGACUCAGUCUGGUUACAACCGAACUCUGGUGCAGUUCAUUUGUGGUGAGAACAUGUUCCGACCUGGAUCUGAAGCAACUGCAGUCACAUGACACAUUGUUUGGGUUAAACAUGAGCAUGUUACAGUCCUGGAGGAUUAUUAAUGUGCACCUCCUCCUGUACUGCCUUAAUAUGCACAUUCAGCACAUCCAAUGCAUCAAAACAUUGUUUUCUAGUUGGAGCCGCGCCUCGUUUUCAAACUGUAUGGUUUGACUAAAAUGAACAAUGACAGCAAUAUAGUCCACGAUGAGCAGCGCUAAAAUCAACCUGCGUAGUUGUCCCUCCAUUGUGACAUUAGAAAGUGUCACAUUUAUCUUGCAAGUGUACUCUUCUUCAACGUUUGCUUUACUUCCUGGAUUUUUCCCACAUGGAAAUUCUGACCAAUCAAGAGCAGCUUUCUCACACAAGGAAUUUGAUCUGGUCCACUUGUAAAUGCUGCCGUGAGAACACAAACCAACUCUAGGCAAUAAUACAACUUGUAACAAAAUUAGUCCCUGAUUCAGACCAAAGCAUGACAACUCUAGGAACUAUUUUCUUUCUACCGAACUACACCCACCAACUGUAUCACUGGGCAGAAGGAAGCAGCAUCUACUGUUAGCUCACCUAGCACCACUGAGCUAGCUAACUUACAGCUCAGCCGAGGAGGACGCCAUUAAUGUUUACAUCUCACUCUGUCACAAGCACAAGCUUCUCGCCCAUGAGUAGAUGCACACGUCCUUCUGCUCAGUGAUACAGUUUGCAGGUGUAGAAAGAAAAUAUUUCCUACAUGAAACUGCUCACAACAAAGUCUGUGGAUUAUCUUGGGUAACCAAAUCAUGAUUUCUGUGAAGAGACAUUGCUGCUGAGUUUUUAAAUGUAUUUUUUUGGUGAUUUGAGCACCACAAGCUGAGGGCUGGCCUAUUUUUGGGAUUGUUGCGGCCUGAGAUGCCUGAUUUCACAGCAGCUUUUCUAAAAAGUAGGGAUGCAUGCUGCAGUAUUUUUAGGCUUUUUAAAAAAAUUUUCUUGCAAUAAAAUUGCAGGCCAUAUGAAAAUUGCAAAAACAGUUUGUGAUGGUGGAUGGUGGCUGAGAGCUGAUGAGCUAAACGGUCCCAACAAUCUCACACUGACAUCAAAAAGGCUCGACUCGGUUAGUAACCAGGCCCUCCAGGAUUUUGCUGUUUUUGGAAUAGUUGCAGCAUGAAAUAGCUCAUUUCACAGCAGCUUUUCUAAAAAAAACAAAGCACAUUGUAAAGUUUGAGGCAUUUUUUUGCAAUGAAAUUGAAAGGGCGAGUUAAGAUAACAUAAUUAGUUGUGAUGUUGUCUCGAGUCAGACAUCUCUACGGCCGAUAUCUCCAAGACUCUGCAGCUCACACCAAAACAGUCUAGACUGAUAAAUAUCACUAUGUGUAAGAGGAAACAUAUGCAUUUUUGAUUUUGGGGUGAACUGUGCCUUUAAGUGUAAAUAGUAAAUGUACAUACUCUGUAUUAAUGUCAAAAAAUAUAUCUUCAUGUAUUGUUACUCCAGCACUUUGUAUAUUGUCUGCCCUUAAAAAUAA